UUCACCAUCCGUGCAACCAUAACAGGAUAAAAUAAUUUUCACACCCAAAAAACAAAACUAAAAGAAACCAAAACUCAAGUAAAGAGCUCCCAGAGUCACCCAUUUCCGAUUCUCAAGAGCUUCAAUCUUGAGCUUCAUAGAUUAGAGAGAGACAGAGAAAAACAGAGGCCAAAGGUGAAGAUGAUGCUACCCGCGAAGCCCAUAUCGAGUCCGGGUCGGAGCGACAAGUUCCCGCCGCCGUUGAUGAGGUUUCUGAGGACCAAUGCCGGGAGCAAAAGCCGAGGUCGGUUACGUUCGAGUCCGAUGUUUGUGAGGAAGAAGAACGCCACCGCUGUUGAAACCCAAGAGCCUUCUUCUCCCAAAGUCACCUGCAUGGGCCAGGUCCGGGUCCGCCGUGCCUCCUCCGCGGCUUCUUCCCGACCCGGAAGGGGGAGAAGGGCCGGAGCUUCGACCCGGAAAAGGUGCGGGUGGAUCCAUAACGCCGUGUUCUGCAGCGACUUUCCCGGCAAAAUCAAGCCCAAAUCUUGCAGGCACCUCUGGCGGAGAUGGGUGCCGUUUUUUCAAGCUGGGUUUUGCUCCAGAGCUCAAAUUGAAGAUGACCCACCGAAAAUUGAGACCCGAAUUGGGGAAGAAGUCCGAGGGUUUAGUUCUGAUGAAGAAGAAGAAGAACGUGAAGAACAAGAAUUUGAGAGAAAAGCCAAGGUGUUUGCUCUUGCUGCUUCUUCAUCAUCACCGCCGAAGAACGCUUUGCUAUUAACUCGGUGUAGAUCUGCGCCGUACAGGUCGUCUUCUUUGGCUUGUAGAUUUUGGGGCUCACCAAACAGAGCUGAAGAAGAAACAGGGGAAGAAGAACAAGAACAGAGCAAAACAGGGGAGGAAGAAGAAGAAGAACAGAGCAUUGGAAACAGAGAAAAUGAGAGACCCCAAUCAGGACGAGAGUCCACUUCGGAUCAAGAAUCGAGAAUUGAGCAGAAAAACGAGGACAGGAUUGAAUUUUUCAAGGGAUUGGAGAACUCAAUCAGAGAGAGAAUGGCCAAGUCUGCAAGCAUUGAAGAUUCGAAAGAAGGGGAGUUUGGAUCAGAGUCAGCUCGGCCUUUGAUCCUCACAAGGUGUAAAUCAGAACCAGCAAGCAGAACAGCGGCAGAGAAACUCGACCCAGAUUCCUUGAUUCAUUCCCACCAAGUGUUUGUGAUUAAUUAGUAUUCAAUUCGGUCAUCUGUUUUCAAUUUCGUUUGUUUAAUGUUAGUAUCUGACUGAACAGUGAAUAUAGUUUUCAAAUCUU